AUGAGGGGACUGGAAGCGGCAGUGGUUGAGGGGACUGGGAGCGGCAGUGGGGAGUGGGAGGGAGAGAGGAAGAUGAGCAUAUUAACGUGUAGUUGUAACAAAAAAUGUAAAGAGCAAGUGGAUCAUGGGACUGCAAACCUCAGAGAUGUAAUGAUUGUGAGAAAAGCACAUGUCUAUGUGAGUGUUGUGAAAGACAACGCCCUGUCGUCCUUACUCGUUCCCAUCUAUCUACUACUCAGCAUCAUUCCCGCACCUCCUCCGGUGGCGUCACUUCCUCAGCAAGCUGUGAUUCAACAAAGUCACACCAACCCCUCUUCCUCAUCAUCAUCCCCCGCCGUCCUCCCUUACAUCAUCGUCCCGGUCGCCCUCAUCAUCGUCGUCCUCUGCGUCAUGAUCUACUUCCGCAUCCGGCCGUUCCACAAGACAGUAAUGAUUGCGUUGAUGACCAAUUACUUGACCAUAACACUUCCCCCAAAACCAUCGCCGCCGUCCCCGUCGCCCUCAUCAUCGUCGCCAUCAUCCUGCUCGACCUGUGCAUCUUCCGCUUCCCGGUGGGCCGCAACAUCCGCGAUUUCCUCAUCCGCAAGAUACCCUUCUGCAUCGCGUUUUACAGCUGAUAUCGACAAAUUAUUAGCGCCAACAUCGUAA